GGAUGGCGUUUCUCCGGUGACUGUUGAGUCAGGCAAGACUUCACGGAGCAGGUCAUGUAUGGUCAGCAUCCUCAGCGAGAGUCUCCGCGUACAGAAUGACCUCACCCUCUCCAUCCACCAGCUGGCGGAACAAGGCAACACCGAGGCACUGGAACUGAAGCUUCGAGGCGGCGAGGAUGUGAACCAAACAGAUGAGGAGCAAAUGUCCGCCUUGCACCACGCCGCCCGCCUUGCCCAGCUCCCCGCCGCCCGCCUCCUCCUACGUCACCACGCCCAUGUUGACCAGCCCGGACCCGAUGCCCGCACGCCCCUUCACUACGCCGCCAGGUGCCGCGCUAAGCUGAGAGCGGACACACCCAUUGAGGCUCUUGUGGAUGUGACUGAGACUGAUGGUAAUACUGCAAACGUGAAGAAGAAGAAGAAGGAGGAAGAAGAAGAAGAAGACAGGAUGCCAUUAAUGAUGACUUUGGAGAGGGAGAAGAAGAGGAAGAAGAAGGAAGCGGAGGAGGCGAUGAAGGAAGAGGUGAAGGAGGAGGAAAGGGACAUAUCGAUGAUCCUCCUCCUUCACUGCCAUUGUGCUGACGUUAAUGCAAAGGACAAAUAUGGACAAACUCCUUUACACUUCGCUGCCAUGACAGGGAAUCUGGAAGGAGCGAAGGACCUCGUGAAGAUUUGUAAGGCUGAUGUGGAGAUCGAGGACUCGCUGGAGAUGACGCCCCUGAUCGUGGCCGCUACUCAUGGGUAUCUGGAGGUGUCGCCUCUCCUGCAGGACGCCAUGGCUAAUCUACGACAGGCUGACUCCUCCAAACAGACAGCCCUGCACCGCGCCGCCAAGGGAGGACAUCUGGAGGUGGUACGGCUGCUGCUGGAGGGCCGAGACUCCAUGAAGCAGUUCAAAAUGUUUCUAAACGCUAAGGAUCGAAAGAGGAAGACAGCGCUAUACCACGCCUGCAGCAACGGCCACCUUGAGGUGGUGCGAGAGCUGCUGGAGGCUGGCGCUGACGUGGCCGCAGAUACCUCUAAACUGGCCACGCCUCUGCACGCCGCCGCCUCUGUAGGGAACGUGGAGGUGAUGAAGGCGCUACUGGAGCACAAGGCUCCAGUGGAUGUUGCGGAUCUUUACCAGCGGACACCUCUCAUGUACGCGGCAGCAGGGAAUCACGCAGCGGCCAUCAAGCUCUUAGUCCAGCGCGGCGCAGCGAAAGACCAGCUCGAUCUGCAGCACAGCACGGCCCUGUUGGUGGCUGCCUACGGGGGCCACGCUGCUGCCCUCAGGAUGCUGCUGUCCCUCGGCGCUGAUCUGUGUGCUGACGACAGACUGGCCAGGACCGCAGUGUUCCUCAGCGCUCAGCAGGGAAAGAUGGAGGCGCUCAAGGUUCUACUAAGCACAGGGCGUGGUAAGGAGCUUCUAGACGCCACAGAUUGCUACGGCUUCCCGCCCCUCCACGCCGCAGUGCUCUCAGGCUCCAAGGGCGUGGUGGAGUUGCUGGUGAGGGCCGGGGCGCAGGUGGACAGAAGGAAUGAGGAACAGGAUACGAUUCUCCAUCUAGCGGCGAGGAAAGGAUUCACUGGCCUGCUCACUGACCUCAUCCCACGCUGCCGAACUCUCCUGAAUUCAGAAAACGGGGAUCUGGAUACACCCUUACACGAGGCGGCGCGAUUGGGGCACGAGGGAGCGGUGGCGGUGCUGCUGGGAGAGGGCUCUGAUGUCACUGCUACCAACUCCUCCUCCUCCACGCCCCUCCACCUGGCCGCCUCUCAGGGCCACGUGUCAGUCUGCUCAAUGCUUUUAGACGCCUCUGCUUCCAUGGAUGUGUUUAAUAAGGACCACAAGACGCCGCUGCUGGUGGGCGUGGCGGCGGGGCGUGUGGCGGUGGUCCGGCUACUCCUGGGGCGCGGCGCUUCCCUGGCCACGGAGGAUGACAGUCAACAGAACGCUCUCCAGUUAGCGGCGAUGGCAGGGGACAGAGAGAUGGCCAUGGCUCUGGUAUCCUCGCCAGGGUGGGAGACAGCGCUGCGCCACACGUCCAAGGAGCAAGGCGGCCGUCGCGUCACGCCCUUCAGGAUGCUGGUGGAGAAGCUGCCUGACGUGGCUGAAGAAGUGCUCAACAGAUGCAUUGGGCACGCCAAGGACACACCAGGAGCCACGGACGGGGACAAGGGCGACACGGACAUGAAUUUUGAGUACCUGGAUGACACGUACCAGGUUGGCGGAUCAGGAGGAGGAGUAGGAGGAGGAGGAAGAGGAGUCAGCCCUUAUGAUCAACACGGGAAGCUGAAGUCGCGAGCCAAGCCGUACACGAUGGACGCCAGGAUGCUGAGGAGGAACCACCCGUUAAUGUUGAUGGUGCAGUACCGCAGGACCAACCUUCUGGCCCAUCCUGUUUGUGUGUCCCUUAUCAAGUAUAAGUGGAACAGCUAUGGGAGCCUGCUGUAUUAUAGUUACCUGGCGAUGUACCUGAUCUUCGUGUUUGCCUUAAGCUCCUACGUGCUGGCGGCCAGAAUACUGAAUUGGGUCAACACAGCCAACCUGACCAACUCAUCAGGAAUUCAAUUAACUGAUGCUGUGUCUUGUAAGGAGGUGGACUGGAGUGUGUGGUACGGCUCGAGCUUUCUGGAGGCGUGUAAAUGCAUGGUGGUGAUUUUUGCUGUGGUGGAAAUGCUGAAGGAGAUGUUUCAGUUCUACCAGGUGCGGACGGCUUACCUGAACGGCGAGAACUUGGUGGAGUGGUCGUGCUACAUAUGUGGCGUGCUCUUCGUCAUUGACCUCUCGCCGUGCCCCAUCAAAGAGGAGUGGCAGUGGCAGAUCGGAGCCAUGGCGGUGUUCUUGGCCUGGAUGAAUCUUCUGCUCUUCAUCCGCGUCUUCCCCUUCUUCGGUAUUUACGUCAUCAUGUUCACUGAGAUCCUGAGCACCUUUAUCAGCUUCUUCGCCGUGUUUCUCUUCUUCGUCGUGGCCUUUGCCUUGGGUUUCUUCACCGUGUUGAGUGGGGAGCACAGUUUCAGAACCCCUGCUCACUCCAUCCUCCGAACCGCUGUGAUGAUGAUUGGAGAGAUAAACUACGUGGAUGUCUUCAAUAACCCCGCCUCGCCGCUUCAGUACCCAGAAGUGACAUACAUGCUGUUGGUGGCCUUCCUCGUCAUCAUGUCCAUUCUAAUCAUGAACUUGCUGGUGGGCCUCGCUGUGGAUGACAUCAAGGCAGUGCAGGACCAGGCCAUGCUUGAGAAACUAGCCAUGCAGACCAAGCUGGUUCUGGAGUUGGAGACGGUGAUUCCUGACUGGGUGAGGCGCAGGAGCAUCGUUAGGAAACUCAACAUCACAAGUAACCCAAACACAGGCUGCUUCAGAGGGUUUUGUGGCAAGUUCAGCUUCUACCAAGAGAGAGAGAAAAGCGACAUAGAGCAGCUGCGUCUGGAUGUUCUGAGUGUGAAGGCUUCGCUGGACACCCUGGCAGACUCCAACAGGCCUCUUCGUGACCUUGGCGGGGACUUGGCGAGGUUACGGCAGGUGGUUAGUGAGCUGAAUCACCACCUCAGACGGAGCAGCAAUGGUGGGCGCUAGUGGUGGUGGUGGUAGUCGUAAUGGUGGUGGUGGUGGUGGUGGUAGUGGUGGUCGAUGUAGUGAUGGGGAAUUUAGUGAAAAAAAUGAUGAAUAAAUGUGGAAAAAUGGUUCUUAAUCCCUUCAAUACUGGGGCAUAUUUUUACCUUGAGAUUUGUGUACGAUUAGAUCAUUUUAUUGACAUUACGAAGGGUUUAGGG